CGCUUAGUGUCCGCUAGAAAAUGUCGGCGUUCGCACAGUAACGGUGUCUCCGGUUUUGCUUUUUAUUUGUGCACUUUUUUAUUUUCCUUAUUUUAUUUUCUGUUUCCUACUUUCCACCUUUUGCGAACUUACAAAACCAACGAGUAGUAUCAAUAGUAUUACAUUUUAACGAUACGUCGACGUUGAAAUAUUAUCGCGCGACCUCGAAUCCAUGUUUUGAAAGUCGGUUUUCCUCGUUCGGUAAUUCACUGCUUAACAAAUCAGAAAAAUUUUUUGGCACAACGUCAGUUUCGAUCAAUCCUGCUCCCAGGCCUCGUGAAUCCAACAGAGUACCGUCUACCACGUUAGUAGUGCCCAGUGUCCGUGUGUUUUGUGCCCGUCAAGUCACUGCUCCAGCUCAGUGUUUUAUUAUUACUAUUUUCACCGGUCAGCAAUAUAAAGUUUCGUUAGUCAAACAAAAUAUACAGUGAGGCGGAAGAAAUAAAAAACGAAGUAAAAAGUGAAUCUAUAAAAGAGAUCAAUCCAGAGACGCCAGUAUGGCGUCAACUCAGGAUCUCCGCGGACGUAAUUCUAAACUACUGCAACGUUACCAAUCGAAAGCCGUCUCGCAGGACCCACUGCAACAGCCGAUCGAUACGUCACCGUUCUCGAAAUCCACCGGUCAGCGAAGCUUGCAAAAUUCGACACUACUUCAGAAACAUUAUGCUAGGGCGAGCUCGCAGAAUAUUCCUAGCGAGCCAUCGACUCAACCAAAUUCGAAUACCACCGAGCCUGGCAAGAUAACCGGCAGUCAGCGCAGCUUAGAGCGAUCGAAACUUUUACAGCGCUACUCCAAGCAACAUUCACUCGAUUCUCAAGAUGUACCCAAAGCAGCGGAACCACAAAUCUACAGCAGCCAGAAAAGUUUACAAAGCUCCAAACUGUUGCAGCGAUACAAUCCUAACACCAACUCGCAAGAUUUUACCGGACUUUCCGCUCGCGAAGGUACGCCAGUUGCACGUUUUGCACGCAGUGGAAGCCUGGAUCACGAUCGGCAAGUUCGCCCAUCGCUCCUAUCAAGGUAUACUCCAAGAUUCGGUAAGUCUCUAGACCGAAACAAAUCCUUCGAAACAGAAGCGUACAGCGCCUACAGCAGUCAGCGUAGUCUUGAUCAACCAGGUGUAUCGCAAUCCCAAACUAUUGGCGAUUACAGCAGUGAUCAUUUUGACCAAUACGAUAGUCGAAAUCUUCGCAGUAGAUCAUCAAGUAUGGCCAAAGGACUCGCUCGUAGUAGUGGCUCUAGAGAGUUCCUUCCAGCGAGCAAAAGAGUACAACUGGAGAAGGAGAACAUCCCCCUCGAUCCAGUAACACCGGAAACGUUACCUAUGAUAGCUGCUCCCGAACCCGUCUUGGGUAACAUUGCUUCAGCACUACCCAUGCCAAUGUUAAAUAUCGUUCCACCAACUCCAAUGGUCGAAGUAAGUCCACCCCCAAUGCAACCAACACAAGUUCAGACUUUACCGGUCCAACCACCCGUUGAAGCUAGUGUGCCGAUAGAACCGCCUCGUUCAGAGCCGGUCAAGCCACUGAGAAAAGAUUUGUCCGCGUCGGCAACCGUGAGUAUUCCCAUUCCCGCCAUCAAAACAACCAUCAAUGUCGAACCACUGAAGUCCAUCAUCAAGCAGGAAACGCGCGUCGUUCCGAAAGAUCCAUCACCACCAUCACCACCAUUAUUCAGCGAUAGGGAUCGCAUGCAACAUUACGGAAGCGCUUCCAAAACAUUACCAUCAUCUACAUUGUCAUCGAAACCAACAAUCGCCCCCAUAUCGCAGACGAAAAAGGCCACUCUAGUGCUGCCGGUCAGUGAUCUCAGCGGACGUCAAAGUCUAACUGACCUUCGAAAACCUACUCUGGAAGAAAAACACCCACCAGCACUGGAAAUCGACGAAACUAGCGAACGAAACGAAUUGCGAAGGUUCUCUCUUCAGAAAGAACCCGUCAAGCGAACGCUGGAGUCCGCCUUCGAGAACAUUGCGGCUCUGUCCGUACCACAUGCAGUUAGCACUCACGAAGAAGAGCAGGAAGUCAUCGAAAUCAUGCCUACGAGUCGCAAGUUGAAAAAACGUGAUCACACCUACCAUCCUUCGUUCGUUCCAAAGCAAACGGAACAGCAGGAUAAAGAUCUGAAGGAACUGGAGACCAAAAUCAAGCUCGAAAUGAAAAAGAUUGAGCAUGAUCGCAAGAAAGAGGAGGAACGAAUUCGGAAGGAAGAAGAGCGACUGAGAAAAGAACGAGAUAAGCAAAAGAAGCAAACUGAUAAAAUAAAAAAUGAAGAAGAGAAACGACACAAGGAGGAAGAGAGAAAGUUUAAACUGGAUGAAGACAAGCGUAUUAGGGAGGAAGAGAAGAAGAUGAAAGCGGAAGAGGAGAAAAUAAGAAGAGAAGAAGAGAGGUUUGCUAAAGAAGAAGAGAAAAGAUUGAAGGAGGAAGAAAAACGCAAAAGAGACGAAGAAAAAAAGAAGCAGAAAGAAGAAAAGAAAAAGGGCGUGUUGAAAAAAUCAUUAUCCGCCGAUCAGGAACCUUCAGCUCAGCCAGAAGACGAACCCAUCGAUUUCGGUAGCCACCUAGAACAAUACAGUAUAUCGGGACCAGAAAAACCCAGAAGCAUUUCAGCGAGCAGAGCGCGCUCUGACGCAACCCCCGUCGGUAGUACAAGAGCACUAAAUCGUCAUACACUGCCUGCCAUGUCCAAACCCAUCUACAGCAGCCAACAAAGCCUCGACAGAGCCACCGGAGUUCAGUCAAAAAUGCUGCAACGAUACACCAAACGAAGUGGCUCGCAAGACUACACAGCUCACACAACAGUGGACGAUGAAACGGAGAAGUUUCUACGUGAAGUACACCGUAGUCAGGGUAGCCUGGAUCACCAACGAAUGGCACGUUCCUCGUUGCUUCAGAAGUACACUCCCAAACCAUCAGGUGCUUCCAUCGGAGGUCCAAGUAGCCAACCUGCGUCAGUGACAAUGACGACGACGGUGCCAAAAACCACAAGUGAAGUUAGUUUAGACAAAAGUAGACUGGAAAAAUCAACACUUCUUCAGCGCUACAGCAAGCCGAGAAGCGAUUCGACUGAACCUCCUCCAGCAGUAGUGAUUAGUGGCGAAACCGACAAGGAACAGCGCCUUUCAUCCGUUGUGUUUAAACAGCAGAAGAAACGUCCGGAGAAAUACGACGCAUUUGAUUACCGCGACCACGAGUAUGAACCAAUUGGUGAGGUCAUCGACAAACCAGCUGAGCCGAAAGCACCGGCAGCAGUUAGUUUGGCUCUACCCGGCGGUGAAAUUAAGCGGAAGCUGUCGAGUGCAUCGUUACGCGUCCCUGAUGACGAUGCCGACACCAUCAGUAUGGAGGAGCUACAGAAAGACAUCGAGGAUCGAUAUUUCAACCGUCCAGGAGAGGAAGAACACGAAGACAGAACCGAAACUGCAGAGCCUGUGGAAGGUCCCGUCGAGAAGGGCAGCAAAAUGAAGGCGGUGAUGGCCAGAGCCCAACAAAGUGGUAAAAAAGCUAUGGCUAGAGCUCAGGAGAGUAGCAAGAAUGCUAUGGUAAAAGCGCAGGCAGGUGGAAAGAGCUUGCAUCAAAAGCUGCGCAAACAAACCGAGAAGUUCAAGACAAAAAUGUCCAAUAUCAACGUAAAAAAAGACAAAGACGUUGCUCCGUUGGCGUCUCCAGAGAUUGUCACUACUCCGGAAAUCGAGAGAUUGGACUUUACCAUUGCGGAACCGAAGCCGGAACAAGAAACUGGCGAAAUCGAACCUCCAGCCGUAACGAUAACAGCCGAACAGACGGCCGACACAACCGAAGAGACCGCUUUGGAGUCUACAACUGGCAAGAAGAAGUUUAAAGGACUCAAAAUGCCGAAACUUCAGAAACCCGAGUUUAAAAUCGCAAAGCCCAAAAUGCCAAAGCUGAAAACACCAGACAUGUCCAAAUUCAAGCGUCCGGAAAUGCCAAAAUUCCUAACAGAAAAACCGGAUUUCUCCAAACUAAAGAUGCCGGAAAAGAUAGGUACCAUCAAAUUACACCGCAGUAAAUCUCUGAAAGAAUCGUCUGUUCCCAGUGCGGCUUCUCCUUCCGAUGUCGAAACUCCGUCGGUUACUAGCGCUGAAGGAGCCAAGAAAAAAGUUGCCUACACUGAUUUUAGCACUUAUCCAAGAAUUUUAGAUAAAUUCAAACGACAAAAAUCCGCCCCAAGUAAUGCAAGCGUCCGUGCCUCAACGCCUCCCCCGCUAGAAUUCAGCAAAGCCGGAAAAACAACCCGCCCGAAAGGACCAAAAUUCAUCUCACGCUGGGCAGAGAAAUCAUCCGAAGACACUGAAAGUAAUCGUUUCUUCUCGGGCAGUGAGCUGGGCGAACGUGAAUCGUCCGUCGAGAAACGUAUGCGCCAACGAUUGGAUCGCGCCGAAUUCGAGCCACCAGAGCUGCCAGUAACAGCCGAGCAGAAGCAACUGGAGGAAUACGAUAAGGAAAAUCGUGAGAUCCAUCUGCUGUCUGCUGCACGUCACGAUGAAUUCCUCAAACGAAAGCCCCCAAUGGAACGACAGGAAUCUGAUCUGGCUUCCGAAGAGGAGAAACAGUUUUGGGCCAGCUCUUUGGGCCAGAAAAUUCGGCAGAACAUCGACAUGAAUAGUAAUGAUUUCGAUUUUCUCGAUGAGGAGGAUCGCUUGAGACGUGAGAACGAAGCAGUCGAAGGACUUAGUGAUCGAGACCGAGCACGAUUCUUGGGAGAGCCGACGGAACAAUCGGAAAAGGAUUAUGAUAUGCGAUCAACAACUCCUUACUCCAAUAAAGAAUGCCAGUCGUCAGGGAGUUCAGGAAUUCGACGGCGAAAGGGUGUGUUGGAAGAGAUUGACGAUGAUGAGUUCUUCCUCCGCCAGAAGGGAGUAUCGAAAGAUAACAUUCAAAUGGGCGAAUACAUCAGCUUAGCGAUAAAGGAAGGUCUGAGCACUCCGAAAAAUGCACUAGCAGAAAUGGGUCGCUAUGAGCCGUACGACGAUGAAGAACUGGACGUCAGCGAAAGAGCCAGCAUGGAUUAUCGCGGGGAAGCUGGUGCGAGUGGACUUCGGUAUUACCAGCCAAGCUUUGAGUCCGACGACGUUUCCAACAAGCAAAGCUUCACCGACGAAUUCCAUAGGGAUGUGGACUUCUUUAAGACAUUCCCUCCGGAUCGUCCGGCGAGAAAACAAAGAAAGGAAAUUAACGUCGAACCACAGGAGGAAGACAUCCAGAAGGUGCCCUACGACACAUACCAACCGGCGGAUAGAGAAGACGAGGUUGAAUUUUACAACCGUAAUCGUAAGUAUUCCAGCGAGCCGCCGCAGGUUGGCCUGGAAAAAGACGAACAUUACAUUGACGACGAAAACAUCGGCAACGAAUUCUCGCGGACUGGUACGGCUGUACCGCCAACUCCACCGAGACGUCGCAAGAAGCGCUUCCGUGAUGUCGCCCCACCUGACCUAGAACCAUUCUCCAAUGGUUUAACCAAAAAGACCAUUUACAAUAGCUUUACCAUUGGACCCGAAACGCACCUCUAUCCAGCGGAGGUUCCCUUAGCAGAAGAAGAAAGUUUCACUACUCCCUUGCCAACACCUCGCAGGUCUCGCUCACGGUCGCAACUAUCGAAGUUUUCCGAGGAUGAUCGAGCAUUCAGAGCAACCUAUGUGUUCGGUUUCGAAGACAGUGCCAUGGAUAAGGGCACUUUUGGUGUGUCGGAGUCGAACGACUAUGCAGUUGUGAGGAAAGAACCUCCACCCCGUCCACCGGCACCAAUUCGACGCAGGAAGUCAACCCGAUCGUUGGAAGGCCAACGACAGUUCAACACGCUGCCCAACUACCACUCGGUAUCGCCAAUGCGUCCCACCCGAAAUUACAGCACAAUCAGCCCGAACCGUCCGCCGAGGAACAAGUCUGUGUCCAGUCUCAACGAGAAUCAACCAAAAAUGUCUCACGACAGUAGAGAAGACAUCCGAGAGUAUGAAGAGAUCGAGGACAUGGAAAAUCAAAUAAAACUACAGCAAGCGCUACAAUCGGGAGCGAUCGUAAGCAAGAUGAAAGAUCGACCACUUCCACCUCCGCCACGUCCCCCUAGGGACGGAAGAAAACCUCGCAAGCACGACAUCGAAGACGAUAUCGACGGUGGUGCAGAACGUAUAGUGGCACUGGAUCAACACGGACCAAGAGUGGUCGAGGAAGUAGAAAUCGCCAUUCAAACGGAUCCGGUUUCCGAAGACUACGAACUGGACAUUGAGGUGUCUGAAACCAUCGGUGCUGUUGGUGGAGAUCCUUUUGAAGCACCAUCAAAGACGCUGCAGGAAAUUUUGAAGGAGGAACAACAAGCGGAGAUAGAUCGUGCCCGCCAACUGGCCGAAAUGGAUAACCUAAUGAAAAAUAUUCAAAAAUUCAGGGAUUCCACCUCCUCGCUAUCGCUACAAGGAAGCCGACCAGAAACUCCGGCGGCCGCGGUGUUGAUCGAACGUAGAGUUUCAUCCCCUUACUCGAGCAACGCUCGCGCAGAACACGUUAUUAGACCCGUGAGUACCGAUAAUCUAACGGAGCAAGAUCUAGCUGAUGAUGACAAAUUCAUCGCGGAGCUGGUGAAGAAGUACGUUUCCGAUGAAAAGGUAACUGAAACUCCCAGAAAACAAGCGAAACCAGCUGUUUCCGAUGCUGUCGAGGCUAGUAUUUCACGCGAAGAACGCAGUGCACUUAAAGCCGAGCCAGCUGCGCCACCACGUACACGUUCCUUGGUAGCUUCGGACCAAGACUUAACUCGAAGUGUCGAGAUUCCAUCAAAUGUGAUUGAAGAAAUUGUCGAAAGGCUGAGAACCAACGAGCAGCAGCAUAUCGCCGAGCUGCAGCAACUGCACCAGCAACAAGUAGAGGAACUCAGAAAACAUCAGGAAGAACAAAGACAGCAACAGGAACAAAAACUAGAAGAGCAACAAAAGCAAUUACUUCAACAACAAAACCAGCAACUUCACGAAACUCAACAACUCAAAGAGCAAAUAUUGCUCCAACAAGAGCAGCAAAAAGCUCUACUACUACAACAACAACAGCAGCAACAACAGCUGCUGCUUGCCCAACAGCAACAGCAAAUACUGCUGGAACAGCAAGAAAAAGAACGUGAGCUGCAGCGGGAGAAAGAACGCGAACUACUCCGAGAACGUGAAAUCGAGCUGGAAAAAGCACGUGAAAGAGAACGAGAACUUCAUCAUGCCAGAGAGCUAGAGUUGCAGCGAGCCAGAGAUUUAGAGCAGCAACGAGCGAAAGAACUGGAACAACAAAGGCUACACGAACUCGAGCUGCAACGCGCGAUGGAAAUGGAACAUCAACGACUCCGAGAGCUAGAAAUUCAACGAAUCCAAGAAGCUGAAGCACAGCGAGCACGAGAAGCAGAGCUACAGCACACUAUGGAAGCUGAACUGCAAAGGGUAAGGGAAGCAGAAACGCGUCGCAUUCGUGAAGCGGAGGCGCAAAUGAUCAAAGAGCUCGAGAAAUUAACAGCUAAAGAAACAACUAGCAAGGACAGCGAAAAAGUCACCACUGCCGAGCAAGAGGUUGAGGCUGAGGUACCACAAAAACCAGCAGAUGUUGAUAAACCAGCACAAGAAGUAGCUAAAGAACCACCUCCAGUUCGUCCUCCUCUGCCACGGUACAGUCCACAAACACCGAUGUCGUAUCCGGAAUACCUCCAGUACCCUCUUCCGCCGCAGGCUUUCUAUCCGGGUCGAAAUUAUUCCGAUGAUGAAGGAGCCGUACCGCAGGCACCGCAACGUCGCCGUAGACAUCACCGUUCCAGGCGAGAAUCUACCUCCGAAGAGGAACUUCAACGAGAACAGCGUAAGCAUCGCCACGAAACACGUUCUCCGGAACCGUCAAUUCCAGCACUAAGCAGUCAGCUGCUUCGAGCCUGCGGAUCUUCCAUUCGACAAACUGGGGAUGAUCUGAUGAACAUCCUUCGUGCCAGCAGUAAGGACGAACACAAACGUGACUUGCACAUUGCUCUCAUCAUUUUGAUUGUCAUCGUGGCCGGUCUGAUGGCAUUGGGAAUGAGCGCCGAAAAGGCGGUUCAUCACCACCACUGGGACUACUUUAAUCCUCCCGGCAACAGCGGGAAAUCAUAGGUGCAGCAGAGAGAAAAAUAUCCCAACCUCAACACACACAGCCAUCGUUUGUUGGUGGUCGAAUUUGUAUACAUCCAGGGCCGAAUUUAGACGGUGGGGGGCCCGGGGUAAAUUUGUUUGUAAGGCCCUCUUUUCUAAAAACAUUUAGAGGUAACGUUCUGAAAGGUGACGAGCAAAAAAAAAGGUCGCCUAAGGAUUGGGGGGCCCCUUGAAUCGGGAGGCCCGGGGCAUUUGCCCCCUUCGCCCCCCCUCAAAUCCGGGCCUGUAUACAUCGUAAUGUGGACGUCUUCUUCGACUUUUCUAUGUUUAGACAAAAAUUCUUGAUCGUAAUCGUUAUCACUCUAACUUUUAAAUUUCUUCUACAAUUUGCAUUUGAGCGUUCAUUAUGCUUUAGAAUCAGAUCAUGUUAAGCUAUUGACGAAUAAUUUAUUUCACCCUUACUUGAUAGUUUUCACAUCUGCGCACAUUGUUACUUAAUCGCACAAUCUAACAACCAGAAGCUACUACCGCUACAUAGUUUUGGAUAAUGCCACAAAGCAUAUAAUUAAAACAGAAAUAUUGCAAACGAAACAUUUCUUUUUUUUUUGUACAGUAGAAAGUAGAAUCGAAUGGCACGGAAAAUAAUGAAUAAAUUUUUGAACCGAUUCGAGAAACCGCGAGUUACAGUGCUAGUCAAUGGAUUGUACAUAGGGGAUCAACAAAGAUCAACAAAUCGGACCCUACAUUGCUAAAUUAUUUGUUUUUGUACCAUAAAUACAGUUUAUGCAAGGUAAUAAAACAUUUUUGACGAAGUUUGAAAUGAA